AUAACGAUAAAUUGAUAACGAUGAUAAUCUUAUCUAUAAAUAUAAUUAUGUCUCGUUAGUAUUAAGAUUCUCUCUGAACAAGAUGGUUGUAUUUUAUUUGACAAGUUUGUCAAUUAUACUCUCCCUUGGAUCCUAUGGAGCCAAUUCGUUGGAACCAAGGUUUGUUGGUAGCACCGUAGCUUCCAUAAACGAUUAUCCUUAUCAGUUGAGCAUUUAUUUUGGACGAAACUACGUAUGUGGAGCUUCUAUAAUUGCUUCAAGAUGGGCCAUUACAGCAGCCAACUGUUUGAACUUCAAGACUCCUGAAAUGGUGAAUCUCCGGGCCGGAAGCAAUGACACUCAAAGUGGCGGUAGAGUUUAUAAAGUAUCCAAAUUCGUCAUACAUCCAAAAUAUAAUCGCAGUAGUAGCGAAUAUGACGUUGCUUUAUUGAAUUUGACUACGCCUUUCGUUUAUGGAAGAGCUGUCAGGCCCAUUCCGAUAAUACAAGCAUACAAGAAUGUAGCAGUUGGUUCACCAGCUGUUAUCACUGGUUGGGGCUGGGUUUCGAACUCUGUUCCAGCGUUUUCGUAUACUCUUCGAAAACUGGUUCUGCCGAUUCUCGAUCCGUUGCUUUGUCGAAAUUAUUACGGAAAGAAGUUCAACUCGAACACGAUGCUUUGCACGAAGGAUGAAAAAAAUAAGAAAGGCGUCUGUGCGUUUUCUGGUUUCCCAUUGGUUGUGAACGGUACCUUGGUUGGCAUUUAUUCUACGGGAUAUGGAUGCACUGUAACACCAACAAUUUACACGAAGUUAUCAGCACAACCUAUACGAUCCUGGAUCACAUCUGUUACACGCAUUUAAUAUUAAAAUAUUGUAUAUUUUUAAUCAAUGUCGACAUUUAAUUUUGAUUAUUGAGGAAUUCAAAACUUAGACAGAAAUAAAAAUGCAGAUAUAAAUCAAACUUAAA